AGUGAUCUUUGUCAUGUAAAGGCUGAACAUAAAAGAGCAGGCCUUCAAAGCUUCUACAACCAUUUUGACGAGGCGCACCCAAGAGAGUGCACCUGAGCCAAGAUGUCGCACAAGUUAAUGCUGUUUUACCUGCUGGGCUUCGUGGCCUUAGCGCGACAAGCUCCUGCUACCGAAGAGGAGCCAAGCCCUGUCGCCCGAGACGAAACCAAGGACGAAGCACCGGUGGAUGAGCAAGAGAACCAACUCCAAGAAGUCGUGCCAGAGGAAAAGGAAGACGAAGUAGAAGACGGCGAAUUCGAAGGGAGUUCAGAAGCUGAUCCCAAUGAGAACAUGAAAGACAACGAUGACAAAGAGGGUGAAAUUGACAAAGACUCAGAGAAAAGAGGACAGAUCUGCUACAAAAAAUGUCGUCGCGUCCAAAGAUGCAGUGGGUGGUGGCGAAAAAAUAGAAAAUGUCAUACUGUCAUGAAAUGUCGCCGGCCCUGUUACUGCAGGGUCCGCACCACGUGGUUCCUCUAUGGAUGUUGGGGACGAAGGUGCACCAGUAUUCCCUUGUACAAGUGGCGCCGUUGCCGCAGAUUCGGUUGAAGUCAUCUCUAGGAUACUCUCGUCAGGAGACACUACUUCGGUUACUUUUCACACACUAUACACAUUGUAUUAGAAAUUUGACCUUUUUUCAUUUGUAUGGAAAACACUGUAUUUGUGAGUAUUGAAAAGAAGCGAGAUGGCCCAAGAAACAUGGAUUUGAAAAUUUGACUACCUAAUGAAUGAUAAUGAUAAUAAACAUUCUACGUUUGACUUGAA